CAGGAAUAUUUAUUUACAUAUUUGUGGUAUAUGAAAGUGUAGACGAAGUCUAUAUUAUAGCGCAGGCGACUACUGGAAUCGACAGAAACCGUUCAGACUUAAUACUAAAUAUAACACUAUAAUGGAUAGUCCUCAGGUCGAUCACGCGUUCAAGCUUCUGCUGAUAGGAGAUAGUGGCACUGGUAAGUCCAGUCUGUUGGUACGAUUUACCGAUGGUGUGUUCGAUGAAGAUCUAGGGCCGACUGUGGGGGUCGACUUCAAGGUCAAGAUGCUGGAAGUGGGAGACGAUAAAAACUGCAAACUCUCCAUUUGGGAUACCGCAGGACAAGAGCGUUUUAGAACACUAACAGCCAGUUACUACCGUGGAGCUCACGGAGUCAUAUUCAUGUACGACAUAACUCGAGAAGACACGUUCACCAACAUUGAGGGAUGGCUUCAGGAACUAGUACAAUACUCCAAUGGCGAGAAUGUAGCCAAGAUGCUAGUGGGAAACAAGAUUGAUAGGGAAGAUGAGCGGGAAGUGUCUGCGGAAGACGCGGAAAAAAUGGCAAAGAAACACAACAUGAUGUUUAUAGAGACGAGUGCGAAGACGGAUGUGGGCGUCAAACAGGCGUUCGAGGAACUCGUACAAAAGAUUUUAGACAUGCCUUCUACCACCGAGGGUACUGACGGUACUAAAGGUGUAACGUUAGGGGAUCAACCUGACGAAGAAACCUCCAAAUCUGGCGGAUGCUGUUGAAUGCAACAUAUAAGGCACAUACUGAUCUAUCUAUAUAUAUAUAUAUAUAUAUAUAUAUGUUCACGUAUCUCAUUAUGAUAGAUACAUACAAAUAAAUACAUANAUAUAUGUAUAU